AUGUCAGAAUGGAUCGAAACAAGUAAUGGUAAUCGUAUAUCCAAAAAAGCAGUAAUAACUGGUUCACAAAGGAUUUUAAUUGCUGGUUCUUGCCUAAUUAAAGAUCAGUGCAUUGUAGAGGGCAACGUCAGAACAUUAGAUAAGAGUGCAAGUUCAAUUUCAAUGGGUCGAUUCUGUAUGCUGGGUACUUCUGCAGUUGUACGACCUGCUGUAAUUGGGUAUAAGACUGAUAAGGCUACGGGCAAAACUGUAUCAGUACAUUGCCCCCUAGUAAUAAACUCAUAUGUGCUAGUACGAGAAGGAGCUCAAAUACACUCCAAAAGCAUGGGAAGUAGAGUUGUUGUUGGUGCUAAUAGCAUUUUAUCCAGGUGUUGUAGUGUAGGAGACGUUGUAAUAAUAGAAGAUGGUGUAGUGAUACCUGAAAAUUGCGUGAUACCCUCAUUUUCAAGAGUUUGUCAGCACCCAGAAUGGAAUGGAUCAAUUAUCACAACUCCUUUGAAUGAAAGCAUGCGUCAAGUUAUUGAGAACAUGUGUAAGCGAGAGUAUUUAGGUAUGUGUUCAAAUAGCGAAGACUAG